CAAAAAUUAAUGACUUCUACAGUGUACCACGUGAAGGACAUGCAGCAGCGGUCUGGGUAAUGAUAACUAGUGGUAGAGUGUUCAUACCACAUUCUCAGGAGGAUCACAGAUCUCUUUGAAGUGACAAGGUAGCUAUAGAGACGUGCCUCUGUUUGCACUGCUGAGAUUGCUGAGAUUAGAGAAUGCUUCUAUCUAUUCUGACCUCACUUGCUGCCAGGGGAUCUGUACAGGCCAACAACACCACUGAUGUGUGUGUGAAUGGCAGUCUCGCCUACGCUCCAGACAGUAUUCGUGUGGUGGUGGGUGUCACUUGCAUACUGUCCAUGAUCGGAGCUCUACUGAUUAUUUUCUCGUACAUUCUAAUUCGUGAUAUUCGUACCAAAGCGAGGGAGAUCCUCGUCAACUUGUCACUGAUGGAUUUUAUGGCUGCUGCCGCCAAUUUUUUCGGAGUUGUUACAAAUUUCUCCAAAUAUAACAAUGGUACUGAUAGCGUUGAAGGGUAUGUUUGUCUGAUUCAAGCUUCCUUUGCCAUGUAUGGGACCCUCUCUUCAGUGUUGUGGACAAUUUGUGUGGCAGUGUACGUGUUUUUUAGGAUAAUGCUGGAGAAUUCCAAAGUAGCACAGAGAUCGGUUUAUGGCUUCUACGUUAUAUGCUAUGGUCUUCCACUCAUCAUGACUCUGUGGUUCAGCCUCACGGGAAAGCUGGGUCUGGACACUUAUGGUGGAUCAGGCUGGUGUUCUUUGAAGACAUAUGAUAAACAUGGAGUACCCAAACCUUUCAAUGUGGUCAUUGGCAACGAUAUUUGGAUCUACCUGACGAUUAUUCUUGUGCCUUUGAUUUUCAUCUCACUUCACUUCUACCUACGAUAUCAGGUGAAGGCUGGCAAGACCAUUUUGACUCAGAACGUGUCGAGUGCUGUUCAAAGUGUGGAGAGAAAGCUCAUGUUGAUCCCCAUCAUCUUUAUACUUCUGCGUAUAUGGAGCUUGCUUCUGGUUAUAAUAAAGGUUGAAAUGGACAUACCUCUCGGCUGUGUUGCCAUUCUCUUCUUCCUACACAUUGCGGGUAUUGGAGAUUCUGGCCAAGGAUUUGCAAAUGCUAUCCUCUUUGUUCUGUUCACUCCAAGAGUUCGACGAUAUUUCUUUCGCUUGUGUAUUGGUUGUGAGCCAUGCCGUCGACCGCAGGGGAAUCCCCUGUUUGUUAAGAAGGCUCAGUAUGGAAGUGUUCCCUCGGACCCAGACACUGACUAUUCAGCAGCUACCGUCUCCGAAGCCUCGGCUAUGAAUGAACAGGACAUUAAAAGCUUAUUAGUCAAUGCUUCUUAACUCAUUUCACAGCAAUCAAUUUCCCCUUUUUUCCUGUUUCGUUAUAGUAUCAUAAUGCAACUCAAAUUAUGUCAAUUCUUGA